AUGCAUAUUCAAAAACGUAUUGUUAGUACAGAAGUCCGUAAUGGCUUCCAUCAAGAAUCAUCAAUGCCAACAGAGCAAAAAAAACACAAAUGUUGGCGUCGAUUUAUGAAUGAACGAGCCAUUAGUCGAGCAUAUAUACCUACUGCACAUGAGCAUGCAGCAAACUGUCUAACGCAUGGUUGUCUUAUUGUACCAUCGUUUAUUGCUGCUCAACGAUUGAUAUCUCGUGCAGAUACAUCAGAACAAUACUGGAGCAGUGUUAUUUAUGGCAAUGCUCUCAUAUUACUAUUUUCUUUUUCUACGAUCUUUCAUUGUUCAUGCUUUCAUCCAACAUAUAGAGAUUCAAAACUCAGGCAUUUAUUACAUCGUGUCGAUCGAGCUAUCAUUUAUAUUUUCAUAAGUUCUAGUUAUACACCAUGGCUUCUUCUUCGUACAACACAAAGUAUGUCAGCAGCAACUACAAUAACAGUCGUUUGGAUCAUGGCUAUAUUAGGCAUGACUUUUCAAAUUUUAUAUCAUGAAAGAUACAAAUUACUUGAAACAUGUUGCUAUAUUGUCGUUGGUGUUCUUCCCACAAUUAUCAUCAUAGAUAUGGUUGAACACGAAGGUUUAUUUGAAAUGGGCAUCGGUGGUUUUGCAUUUCUUUCAGGUGUAGUCUUCUUUAAAUGUGAUGGUAUCAUACCAUUUGCACAUGCAAUUUGGCAUUGUUUUGUUUUUCUCGGCGCAUCAAUUCAUUACUAUUCAGUUUACAAUUAUCUUAUUGUGCCGGCAUCUCAUAAGCCAGAUUCCAUGACAAACAAUAUGACUUCUCUCAUCUAA